CCAAGUUUAGUGGAUGGUGUUUACAUUGGAACUUUUACGUGUGAUAUAUAAGCGCUUUGCCUCUUGUGGGGGCAUCCAUCCAUUCAUCCCAAAAAGUUCCAAAGCUUUGAGAGAUCUUUCUCUCUUCUCUGUGUGUUCUUCGCUCCAUUUCAUCGAUUGAUCGGUUGUGGGCGGUUCUCUGUGCGCCAAUUUCUCGGAUUUGUGCUCGCCAUGGAGCAAGAUUCCAGCAGCAGCAGUAGCAGUUGCCCUCGCAACGGCAGAAAACGCGACAGGGCCGAGGAAGAAGAGGAAGAGCUGGAGGAACUAGAGGUCCAAUCCGGGAAUCCCCCCUGUUCUUCCUCCUCCUCCAAGAGAUUCUGCGACCGCGCUGCUGGCGAGUGUGACGAUGAUGGCCAGGAUCUGUCCUCCAUUCUGGAGGAGGCCGAGCAUUCCCUCCGGGAGGCCCAGCAGGGGCUCGUGUCUAAUGUCAUGAAGAGCCUCGAGGAGGAGAUUGCGUGCUCCUCGGACAGCGCCAGCGCCAGCAGCGUGGAUUCCCGGGACGAUUCGACGGCCUCCCAGCUCGGCUACUUGCUCGAGGCGUCUGACGACGAGCUGGGGCUGGAGCCCAAAUUGGAGCAGCAGCAGCCGGCGGUGGUGGAGGAGGAAGAUCUCGUCCGCGGCUGGAGCAGCGAUUGGUCGGCUGCUUGCACCGCCGAUUUCUCGGACGAGGGAUUCAUCGACCUGGGCGCGAGCCAGCAGCAGCAGGAGUGGCUCCGGCGGGCUCUAGAGAUUUUCAUGAGCAGCAGCACCAGCGUGGUUCCGUCGUCCUCGGCGCCCAGUGUUUUGGGGCAGGGAUUCGAACCCGCGAUCGCUGGGCUUAUCCUAUAGCCGUUGAUGAAUAGAAAGAUUCUAGUCUCUCUCGGUUACAGCCUAAAUACAACGUCAGGGAAUCACGCUAUUGUUUUUGUA